GCAUCAUGAAGGCCGCCAGACUGACUUUGGCGUUAACGCUGAUGAUCUCUUCAGUUGAGGUCUGCAGGUGUGCUGCUACAAGGGGAGGGCAAUGGUGUUCGUACGACGCUUGGAUCUUCUCUUGUGUUAAAAGGGACUCAGACAUGUUCCUCUAUUAGUUCCCAGGCAAACAAAAGAAAUGCAUCUUUCUACCAAUUACAUACCGGCACUUUAUAAUGACUCGUUUGCAGGUAUAAAUAGUAGUAUCCAAGUUUUGGAUGUAUCGAGGAAUCUGAUAACUGACAUUGAAGAAGCAACUUUCCGGAACCUGAAAUCAUUAAGAAUAUUGAAUCUAGGAGCGAAUAGGCUGACGGUAUUACACCCACAUGUGUUUAAGAACUUGACCUCCCUGCAAUGCUUGCGGAACAAACCUCUGAUUUACAUUAACUUUGACAAACUUGGCUGCAAGUCCAGAUUGAACUUUUACAUGGCUAUAGGAUCGAGCUGUACAAUUUUCAUCCUGAUGAUGACCAUCACAUUGACGUACCGAUAUCGCUGGUACGGACGUUAUGCAUGGUUCCUACUCCGGGCCAAGUUUAACAAGUAUGAAAUCAUCAGAGAAGAAGAGGAGAACCCCAAGAUGUACGACGCCUUUGUGGCACACAACAGUCACGACAGCGCCUGGGUCAUCCGUCAGCUCCUUCCACAGUUAGAACGAGGAGAUCCUCCAGAGUUUCGUCUCUGUCUGGGCGAACGGGACUUUCAACCAGGAGCCCCUAUAGUGGACAACAUCGCCGAGUCCAUCUACGAAAGCCGCAAAACCAUCUGUGUCAUCACGCGGAACUUUCUGGAGAGUGACUGGUGCAGGUUUGAGAUGCAGAUGGCGACGUAUCGUCUGUUUGAGGAGCACGUGGACUGUUUGAUUGUGGUGUUCUUGGAACAGAUUCCAGCCCAGAGACUGGCCAAGUACCACUCCCUGAGGCGGGUGAUGUGCAGGAACACCUACCUGGAGUGGCCCGAGGAGCCCGAGGCCAGGGAUCUGUUCUGGGAACGACUUCGUGCCGCACUACGAACACACAGGCCACUGGAUCACGAAGUUAAUGCUUAAAGAUUAUGAUUUAAACAA